GCCUGGCUCAGUCCAAACAGAAGCUCAUCAACUUCUUGCAAGUUUCUGGACAAGAAAAUCACAAGAAAUAAGGACCAUGGUAUGUCUGAAGCGUGCUCAAAUUUUGUCUAUUUUAAAAAGAAGUGGAGAGUUCACUUGAAGUUCACUGUAGUUCACUUGAAUCCCUAUCGCUUUACACAUUGGCAAUAAAAAGUAGUUUAGUUCAUUUGAAAGAACUCUUAAAACUAUAUAUUAAACUCUAUUACAGAUUGUUUAUAUCUUGCUUAGUUUUCAAAAUAUUUCGACUGAAAAAAGUGAGCUGUUCGCCAUCUUAGAUUAUUGAGGAUAUGCAUGUUACGUCAAGAGAAGGGUCACGCUAAUUUUUUAUCUUGAGAGUAAGCGAUCAAUAUGGGUCCAAAACUUCGUUUCUGGUUGCUGUCUGAAAUUUAGAAACGAUUAAAAACAUUUCAAACAAUUUUGGAUUGUUAUACUCGAUCAUUUUCGAGUAGUUUUAUAUGGUUAAACCAACUCCUGACGUCAUCAAAACCAUAGUUAAUGAGGUCAAGAAUUAGUCCAAGAUGGCGGAAAGCUCAUUAAUUUUGCUCUAAAUAUUUCGAGAACUAAGCAAGAUAUGACAAAUCUGUUACUAAUUUUUUGUUGCCAAUGUCCUUAAAAAACAAUUUUUAAAAGAAACAUAUGGAUAUAUAAAACCUAAACUAAAAUUCCAUAGACUGAUGACGCUUUGACACACAGCGAAAUAUACUUCUAGCCUUUUUAAAAUUUUAGAAGUUAGGUUUCAUAUAUCCAUGUGUUUUUAUAAUAAUUGUUUCUUAAAGCAUCUGUGGUGUGAUUUUUUUCUGUGUUGGUGUAAUGUAUUCAGGUGAAUAAGAUGUUUGUGAUGUUACUCUGAGUGUAUAUCCACACCGGGCAGGCUUGAAAAAUAUGCCUGGCCACGGUGGGAAUCGAACCUACGACCUUUGGAAUACUAGCCCAAUGCUCUGCCAACUGAGCUACGCGGUCAGGUCGGUUCGAGUAUGUGAUAUUUCAGAACUGAGUCUAGUUCCUUCGAUAUCAGUGUAAUCUAAUAAUCAUGAUAUUUGCUGCACGUUGGUGUAAUGACAGGUAAAUAAGAUGUUUGUGACGUUACUCUUAGUGUAUAUCCACACCGGGCAGGCUUGAAAAAUAUGCCUGACCACGGUGGGAAUCGAACCUACGACCUUUGGAAUACCAGCCCAAUGCUCUGCCAACUGAGCUACGCGAUCAGGUCGGUUCGAGUAUGUGAUAUUUCAGAACUGAGUCUAGUUUCUUCGAUAAUCCCACAGUGGCCAGGCAUAUUUUUCAAGCUUGCCCAGUGUGGAUAUACACUCAGAGCAACAUCACAAACAUCUGUGGUGUGUUGAGAGAGAGAGAGAUAUGGACAUUAUGUCUUCAGAGGAUUUUUUUCAAGAAUCCCCUUGCGUCGGCUGUUUUCUUAUUUUAUGUGUUGUUGCAUUGACUAGACUGAUUUCAAGACACAGGAAUUGCCACUGGCAAGGAUUAAGAAAAUCAUGAAACAGGACGAAGAAGUCAAGGUAUUCGUUUCCGUUCCAAUGAAUUUCAAUAUUUCAUGCGCUCACCCAUUGGACCAAUCCCCAAUUAACCAAAAUUUUGAUCUUAACUAGUCUAAACAAAAUUCCAUCACAGCAUGAAAGAGCAUCACAAAAUUAGUAAUAUUCCAAAGUUUCGUUGCGAAAUGUUGUAAAAUGCGGAUAAUAUAGCCUUGCGAAAUUUGCAAUUUUCACUCAUUUUGUAUUACGAGCGGAAAACGGUUACCACUUUUCCAAAAUUUUGAUCUCAACUAGCCUAAACAAAAAGUUCAUCACAGCUUGAAAGAGCAUCACAAAUUUAGUAAUAUUCCAAAGUUUCGUUGCGAAAUGUUGUAAAAUGCGGAUAAUAUAGCCUUGCGGAGUUUGUAAUUUUCAGUCAUUUUGUCUAUACGCACAGAAGUGGUAACCAUUUGCCGUUUGUAAUCUAAAAUGACUGAAAAUUGCAAACUUCGCAAGGCUAUAUUAUCCGCAUUUUACAACAUUUUGCAACGAAACUUGGGAAUAUUACUAAUUCUGUGAUGCUCUUUCAAGCUGUGAUGAAAUUAUUUGUCUAUAGACUUGUUGAGUUCAAAAUUUUGGUUAACUGGGGAUUGGUCCAUUGUGAUCUAACAUUCCGAAGUUCUUGGCUUGUCAGGCUUGAGAAAAUGCGUGUUUUCCAUCAGGGAGCCUUACUGCCCACUCUCCUCUGCAGUCUGCAACGCUACUAUCCCAACAUUACCAUUAUUUGAGAUGGCCGAAUCUGCAUGUUCGCCGUUCUGUUACGUUUUACAUUAUCUUUUGUUUAUAAAGUUUCUAUCGGCUUUUUAUCACGUAUGCGUGACUGGACAGUUGCUGUAGCACAGUACAGUAAAUUUGCUUGUUAAAGUACAGUAUAUUUGAAAAUAUGACUGUAUAACAACCUCGACAUGUUUACAUAUUUAACCAUGAUAUUUAACUGAAGUAUUUUCUCGUGAGCUCACAAAUCAAUUAAAUCGUUUCAAGAAAUCGACACGCGCUAACAGUAGAAGUUCCGCUAUUCGAAAAGCAAAAAAUGUAUGGUCAAGUAGAUUUUUUUAGAUCGGUGCUGGACUUCUCUGGGGGGCACCCCUAUGGUAGACCCGUCCCGGCUGAGCGUUGCUAAUGUACUAUUAUACUGUAUUUCAGAUGAUCAGCGCAGAAGCACCGGUGUUAUUUGCAAAAGCUGCCGAGAUCUUUAUCAACGAACUAUCGCUACGUGCUUGGGUACAUACCGAGGACAAUAAGCGCAGAACGCUUCAGAGGAAUGACAUAGCAAUGGCAAUAACGAAAUAUGACAUGUUUGAUUUCUUGAUCGAUAUUGUACCUCGUGAUGACUUAAAACCGAACAAACGACAGGUGAGAUGCAACGAGAACAAGAGUUGCGUGAGAGUUGAGAAGCGAGAGUUUACAUGAGAGUUUUCUCAACUUCCAUUGCUUGAUCAAACGAGAACAAGAGUUGCAUGAGAGUUGAGAAGCGAGAGUUUACAUGAGAGUUUUCUCAACUUUCAUUGCUUGAUCAAACGAGAACAAGAGUUGCAUGAGAGUUGACAAGCGAGAGUUUACAUCGGAGUUUUCUCAACUUUCAUUGCUUGAUCAAACGAGAACAAGAGUUGCAUGAGAGUUGAGAAGCGAGAGUUUACAUGAGAGUUUCCUCAACUUUCAUUGCUUGAUCAAACGAGAACAAGAGUUGUAUCAGAGAUGAGAGUCGAUUGUCGUGGAUAUUAUCAAUAUUUAUAUCUCCAUUUUUAGGAAGCGAUGAGACAUACGAUCAUGGCGCCGCAGGACCAAGUGCAAUAUUACUUUCAGCUUGCUCAUCAAUAUCAACCGGUAAUUCGCUGGUUUUUUACUGUAAACAUUAGUGAAUUAUAGUUUAACCCUUAAAGUGGCAGAAACGUCAAAACGGCGCAGAAAACGUCACUUUUGUCCUAACGAAAUGACCGCUUAAAGUGCACAUAACCUCAAUUCUUCUAGCAUGUUAUUCCUAUAAGAACCUUUGAAAUGAUAUUGUAACUUAUUUCGAAGAUUUCCGUUCUUACACUUUGUCUCUGAGUUAUUUCAGUUUUAUUGAUAUGCAAAUGUCCGGAAAUUACGUCACAUAUGAAUAAUGACUGAUCAAAGAAUGUAAGGUACAGUUAAAUAUCGUGAAAUAAAAAGGCUAAAUGGUGUUUUACAUAGGUAUGUAAUUCUCCCACAACUCCAAACUUCAUUUUAAUGAAUUAAACUCGAUAGUGAAUACGAUAUACAAGCUUUUACUUUAAAUCAUUAUGCAUUUGUGACGUAAAUUCCGGAUAUUUGCAUACCAAACAAACUGAAAUAUCUCAGAAACAAAGUGAGCAAACGAAAAUCUUCAAAAUAAGUUAUUAUAUCAUUUCGCAAUGUCUUAAAGUGCAUAUGACAUGAAAUUUCUUAUUUUCUUAAACGAAAGAACUCUUUAAGUUGUAGUGUAACUUUUUCAGUUUCCUGUUUUCCCGAGAUAUUUCAAUUUGUUUGAUAUGUAAAUGAGUGUGAAUAUGUCCGCUAAUUUAUGACGUCAUGUUGGUUGCAAGCUCUUCAAAAUGGUUGAAUAUCAAUGCUAUCAUCCAAGAUGAUAAUUUCAAACUUCACUCACUGGUAAAUAUGAUGAAACACUGGAGAAAAACGUGAACUGAUAUCUACAGUUUUUAGAGUAAAUACAUUUAUAACCAGUGUAAGUUGAGCUUGCAGCCAACGUGACGUCAUAAAUUAGCGGACAUAUUCACACUCAUUUACAUAUCAAACAAAUUGAAAUAUCUCGGGAACAAACCAUAAAAACAAGAAACUGAAAAAUAAGUUACACUACAACUUAACGAGUUCUUUCAUUUAAGAAAAUAAGAAAUUUCAUGUCAUAUGCACUUUAAGAAUGAAAUUAUAAAAAGAAUUGAGGUUAAGCGCACUUUAAUACAGCUUGGAUGUCGCCGAACUAAAAACGUAUAUGAAUUUUUCACUUAUUUUAAUAGCAACAGCCACAUGCGGUACAAACCGCGCCAACCCAAGCACAGCCGAUUCAAGUUGGCACUCAACAACAAACUGCCAUUAUCGGAGCCAUUGCGCAGCCGCAGCAAGGCGCUGUCGUCGUUACCAUGGCAUCGGUAAGUUGCAGUGACGUCAUUUCCGUCAUUCAUAAUAAAUCAUUGACGCGCGUAAAAAUCUCACAACUUGUCAACAAGAUGUGUUCGCAUUGCUUGUUCCCAGGGUCUUAGCUAGAGGGCCGUGUUGGCCGUGUUAUCGCGGCCAAAAAUGGAAAAACACGGCUAGAUAAAAUGAAUGCGGCUUCAUUAUUUAUAUAAAGCCGUGUAGGUUCAUAAAAUAAGGUGUUACUGCUUACAACAGACAUAAUUUCUUCCUAUAUUUACGUCGUAAGAAAGUUUGUAAAAUCUACUGUAGUUGUUGAAAUUGGCAAAACUGAUCCGUAGUGGUUUGAUGGAUAUGAUGUUACUGUAAAAUGGUUUUAAAUACCCCCAAGAAAAUGCUGAAAUAACUUAAUAUUUUAAUGUCGGUGCGCAAUGAGCGUAUAUGCUCGCCUUGUAUUUGGUUCCAAAGCAUAGAACAACCACAGGCAUUGUCUGUUGUUGGCUAGCCAUAACUAGAACCGUGAAUUUGGCUAUUCAAGGUAAUUGACAUGUGCACACCUUGGUCAUUUAGAAACACGCCCAAGAUCUAAAAUCCUAGCUAAGACCCUGCUUGUUCCUAGUUGCUGACAAGUCCGGAACAAGUUGUUAUCAUCUUGUAACAAGGUUGACGAGGCCAACAGACUCGCAACAAGUUGUUCCAACAAGUCUGAUAUCGUCUGCACGUAACAAGUUGAUGACAAUAAGCUCGUGGCAACUUGUUACGAACAGCCUGUAUUAGUCUUGUUGGAACAACUUGUAGCAAGUCUGUUACCGUCAUCAAGCUUGUAACAAGGUGAUAACAACUUGUUUCAGACUUGUCACAACAACUGGGAACAAGCAGUGCGAACACAUCCUGAUAUCGGCUUCACAACAACCUUGUUACAACUUGUUUGCAGAUAUUAAUAUGUUAAAUGACUUAAAUCCACGUUGUUUUAAUUAUACCGUAAUUAAAGAUAUGUAAGUAAAUCUAGAAAUGUUUUAUGUUUUAGGGUCAGCCACAGUUAAUUCAAACGCAGCCUCACGAUCAAAAUGAAGUUACGUAUCAAGUAAGUCUUUUUUUGACUCUUAUUGAACCUCUAGGGAGAACAGUUUAGAACUGAUAGAGCUAUUCAGCGUAAAUAAAGUUAGUUUAGUUUAGGUUUCCUCCUGUAGCAACACUGGAUCAAUAAGAGAUGAUCCUUACUGGACCUCUAGGGAGAACAGUUUUGAAUUGAUAGAGCUAUUCAGUAUAAAUAAAGUUAGUUUAGUUUAGGUUUCCUCCUGUAGUAACACUGGAUCAAUAAGAGAUGAUCCUUACUGGACCUCUAGGAACAGUUUAGAAUUGAUAGAGCUAUUCAGUAUAAAUAAAGUUCGUUUAAUUUAGGUUUCCUCCUGUGGUAAUACUGGAUCAAUAAGAGAUGAUCCUUACUGGACCUCUAGGAAGAACAGUUAAGAACUGAUAGAGCUACCCAGAAUAAAUAAAGUUAGUUUAGUUUAGGUUUCCUUCUGUAGUAACAUUGGAUCAAUAAGAGAUGAUCCUUACUGGACCUCUAGGAAGAACAGUUAAGAACUGAUAGAGCUACCCAGAAUAAAUAAAGUUAGUUUAAUUUAGGUUUCCUCCUGUAGUAACACUGGAUCAAUAAGAGAUGAUCCUUACUAGGAAGAACAGUUAAGAACUGAUAGAGCUACCCAGAAUAAAUAAAUAAAGUUAGUUUAGUUUAGGUUUCCUCCUGUAGUAACACUGGAUCAAUAAGAGAUGAUCCUUACUAGGAAGAACAGUAAGGCGUAGCGACACCUCAUCAACUCUCAUCAAAAUUUGAACCCGGAUUUAAUGAUUACAUACAUUCUCUUUUCUGUCAGAUUCCGUUUACAAAUAUGCCGUACAUCAAUCGCAUCCAACAGAUGGCGUCAGUACAACAGCUUCAACAACAGCAACAACAAACUCAGCAACAAGGUCAACAACCCACGCAAGCGGUAACAGUUCAAGUUCAAGGUUCCGUUUCAUCACAACCACAGGUAACCUUCAUUUGUUUUUUUAAUACAAUUUCUUUAAGCGAGUGAAAAAUGUGGGCAAGGGUGACAGAUGAGGUUAGGGAGCGGUCAUUAUUUAUGGGAGGGGUGGCUAUAAAGGGUACCGGAUUUCGGCAUACCUCUUGGUGUCAAGUAACGAAGUAAAUGUACUUCGUUACUGUACUUGAGUACAAUUUUUGAGAAAUCAGGAUGUAACAAAGUAAACUUUUUCUGGAGUACAUUUACUUGGAACGAAGUCAUUUUAAGAAGUAACGUUUUACUUCGUUAUUUUCAUUUUGUGGCGAAGUAUUUCGUUACUUUCUAACUUUUGUUUAAUUUUAAGUGAUUUAUUUCUGAUUUAUUUUAAUUUUGGGAUUGGUAGAACGACCUCUACAUGCGUCUGGGAUCUCUCCUUUGUGGCUUACUUAUAAGCAUUAUUUAUUUAAUGGAUUUCUCAUAUCUUCGACGGAGUCUGGAAAGUAGACCAUGCCGUGAAAUAUUGUAUAUUAGGUGCACGUUUAUAAUGCGUGUGCUGUUUUGUGUCUCUUGUAUGUCAAUCCAUUGGAGGAGUCCCCCCUCCCUCUACACGCUACAGACAAUUGUACUUUUAGUUUUACUUUGUUCUUCAAGUAUUUUUUAAGGAUACUUUGUCAGUACUUUUUACUCGAACUCAAGUCGCAGCCUAGUCCCUAGGCCUCUUAGUACGCCUAUUGCGCGUUUCUGCAUAUAAAAGUCGUUUUGUUUUAUUGUUAAUUACUUUUACUUUUACUCGAGUACAAAUUUACUCUAGUACAAAUUAUAGCCACGGUGGUAUUAAUGCCAUGUCAAAUGGUGCAAGUUCUUUACUGACUUUGAGUCCAGUAUUCAGUUCUAGUUUGUCAAAUACAAGAUCGGUCAUGUGGGCAGAAAGUGUCUUGUCAGUCGGUCGAGUUUUAUUUUUAAUGAAUGGGUUGUACUUCUUGACAUUGUAAAAAGUGUUGAGGCACUGCAACUGCACUUUGGAGUUCCUUUCCUACGUAAUAUAAUAUGUUGUUGUUUUUAUAGAUCGCCCAGGCACAACAGCAGACAAAUGCGCAAGCACAGCAAGUUCAAGGUGGUCAGGUGCAAGUUGGGACGCAGGAAGCCCAGCCACAAGCCAACCCACAGAGCGUAGGACAGACUACAGCAGCGACACAGCAGCAUACGCAGUAUGCCCAAUUUGGAGGACAGGUG